GAGGCUGGGAGCCUGGCCUGCCCUCACACACCCCUCCCCCUGCGCCAGGCUGCAUGAUGGCGGAACUGUAGAAUCCGGGACGAGAAAAGUGGACCCACCCGUCCAGCUGAGGAAUCCUAUUUAUUUAUUUAUUUAUUGGGCUCCCCCGUAUUCACACGCCAUGACCCGUUGGAUACCAACGAAAAAAGAGAAAUAUGGUGUCGCGAUCUACAACUACGAUGGGCGAGGUAAACAAGAGCUGUGUCUGCAGGUGGGCGACACAGUGCACAUCCUUGAGACGUUUGAAGGCUGGUACCGAGGCUACACGCUGCGGAACAAGUCUCAGAGGGGUAUCUUCCCCUCGUCCUUCAUCCACCUGAAGGAGGCCCGAGUCGAGGGGAUCGACCAGCAGGAAAUAAUUAUCCCAACAGAUUUACCACUGGUGCUGGAGCUUGGGGCAACCCUGAGAGAAUGGGCACAGAUAUGGCACAAGCUCUAUGUGAACGGCAACGUCAGUCUGUUCAGGACCGUGCAGCAGAUGGCCUACAGCCUCAUCGAGUAUCGAUCGCAGAUAGUGUCAGGGACGCUGCCCAAGGAUGACCUUGUGGAGCUGAAGAAGAAAGUCACCGCCAAGAUUGACUAUGGAAACCGGAUCCUGGGCCUGGACCUGGUGGUGCGCGACGAGGCGGGGAACACUCUGGACCCCGACUUCACCAGCACCGUCAGCCUGUUCCGCGCCCACGAGGUGGCCUCGCGCAGCAUCGACGACCGCAUACAGGAGGAGAAGACGCGGCAGAACCUGGAAAUGCGGCGGCAGACUCUGUUCAGCACGGUGCACACCUACAGCCUCCUCAUGAACCUCAAGAACUUUGUCUGCAACAUCGGCGAGGAGGCGGAGCUUCUGAUGUCCCUGUACGACCCCGACCAAUCAGAGUUCAUUAGCGAGAACUUCCUGGUGCGCUGGGACAGUAUGGGCAUGCCCAAAGAAAUCGAAAAACUCAACAACCUUCCAGCGCUGUUCACGGACCUGAGCAGCAGCGACCUCAUCAGACAGCGGCUGUUCCUGGUGUGUCAGAUCAUCCGAGUGGGCAGCAUGGAACUGAAGGAAGGCAAGAAGCACACGGGAGGCCUGCGGCGGCCGUUCGGGGUGGCCGUGAUGGACAUAACAGAUGUGGCCCACGGGAAAACAGACGAUGAGGACAAGCAGCACUUCAUCCCCUUCCAGCCGAUCGCCAUGGAAACGUACAUCCGGCAGCGCCAGCUCAUCAUGUCCCCCCUGAGCGCGUCCCGGGUCAGCGGGGAGAACGAGCCCCUGACCGCCGUGUUCAACAAGGUCAUCGCCACGCGGGAGGUCAACCACAAGGGCCAGGGGCUGUUUGUGACCCUGAAGCUGCUCCCGGGGGACCUGGCCCAGGUGCGUAAAGACUACCCCCACUUCGUGGACCGCGCCACCGCUAUCGUGGGAAAGAUGGGUUUCCCGGAGAUCAUCCUCCCAGGAAACGUGAGGAACGACAUCUACGUCACGCUGCUGCACGGCGAGUUCGACCGCGGCAAGAAGAAGACACCGAAGAACGUGGAGGUCAUCGUGAGCGUGCAGGACAACGACGGGAACCCCAUGGAGAAGGCCAUAUUCCCGGGGGCCGGUUAUGAAGGCAUCACAGAGUACAAGUCUGUCAUUUACUACCAGGUUAAGCAGCCAUGCUGGAACGAAACUAUCAAGGUGACUAUCCCCAUCGAGGAUGUGUGUCGCUCCCACCUCAGAGUGUUGUUCCGGCACCGCUCGUCCCAGGACUCCAGGGACAAAUCGGAGAAGCCGUUUGGGAUGUCCCUUGUCCGGCUCAUGAAGGGGGACGGCACCACGCUCCGAGACGGGCGCCACGACCUCAUCGUCUAUAAGAUCGACGCCAAGAAGGCGGAGGACGCCAAGACGCUCCUCUCUCUGCCCUGCACCUGGGCAGAGGUGCCCGAGAAGGAGAGGCAGACGGGGAAGUCCUUCCAAGGGGUGCCCGUCACCAAGGACAGCUUCCUGAUCUCCACCCUGACCUGCUCCACCAAGCUCACCCAGAACGUGGAUUUACUGGGCCUGCUGAACUGGAGGUCCCACCCCGAGAAGCUGGAGCAGAACCUGCGGCGGCUUAUGGAGGUCGAGGGUGGGGAGAUCGUCAAGUUUCUCCAGGACACCCUGGACGCUCUGUUCAGCAUCAUGAUGGACACCUCGGAGAAAGAGACGUACGACAUGCCGGUGUUCAACGCUCUGGUCUUCAUCAUCUCUCUUAUUGGAGACAUCAAGUUCCAGCACUUCAACCCGGUGCUGGAGACGUACAUCAACAAGCACUUCAGCGCCACUCUGGCCUACAUGAAGCUGACCAAGGUGUUGAAUUACUACGUCGGCCACGCAGAGUUGCCGGCGCUCGCCGAGAAGCUCUACUCCGCCCUCAAGUCGCUGAAAUACCUGUUCAGGUUCAUCGUGCAGUCCCGGGUCCUCUACCUCAGGUUCUACGGCAACAGCGAGGACGGCGACGCCUUCUUCAACUCCAUCCGCACGCUCUUCCUCUCCUUCAACACGCUGAUGGACAGACGGCUGGACGAGGCCGUGAAGAUAAAGGGCGCGAUACUGAAGUACCUCCCCAGCAUCAUCAACGACAUCCAGACAGUCUUUGAUCCCGUGGAGCUCAGCGUUCUGCUCACCAAGUUUAUUGGGAGCAUCCCCGACGCGCAGCUGGUGCGGCAGAAGUUGGGCUGCAUGUGCAAGAUGGUGGAGAGUGACCUUUUCAGGCAGCCAGAGUGCCGCGAUGCCCUCCUACCGCUGGUCACGGACCAGCUGAGUGGACAGCUGGACGACCACUCCAGCCGCCCCGACCACGAGGCCUGCGUGCAGCUGCUCAGUACCACGCUGGACAGCCUGGACCGCAAGGAUGUGGGACCCACCAGGGCCAACGUCCAGCUCAUCAUGGAGCGGCUGCUACGGCGGGUGAACCGCACCGUCAUCAACAUGGACAAGGCCUCGCCGCUCAUCGGCCACUACCUAGCCUGCAUGACGGCCGUCCUGAAGCAGAUGGAUGACGCGCAUUACAGCCACUACAUCAGCACCUUCAAGACCAGGCAGGACAUCAUGGACUUCCUGAUGGAGACGUUCAUCAUGUUCAAAGACCUGAUGGGCAACGUGUUCCCGGCCGACUGGAUGGUGAUGAACCUGCUGCAGAUGCAGGUGGUUCUCAGGGCCAUCAAGCAGUACUCGGAGGUGCUCAACAGCCACUUCCUGGACCCGGCGCACUUUGACCUGCAGCUGUGGACUAACUACUUCCACCUGACGGUGGCCUACCUCAUCCACAAGUCCCUGCAGUUGGAGUCCUUCUCCCAGGAGAAACGGAACAAGAUCCUCAACAAGUACGGUGACAUGCGGAUGACGAUUGGCUUCAAGAUCGGUGAAAUGUGGUAUAAUCUGGGCCAACAUAAGAUGAAGUUCAUCCCGGCCAUGGUGGGGCCCAUUCUGCAGGCGACCCUGGUGCCUGAGGCCGACAUACGCAAAGCCACCAUCCCCAUCUUCUUCGAUAUGAUGCAGUGCGAGCACAACUUCAGCCCCGGACGCACAUUUCAAACGUUUGAGAACGAGCUGAUCACCAAACUAGACGAGGAGGUGGAGGGCGGCCGGGGGGACGAGCAGUACAAACUCCUGCUGGAGAAAACCCUGCUGGAGCACUGCCGGCGCCACCGGUACCUGGCGCAGUCGGGGGAGGAGCUGGCGCUACUGCUGAGCGGUCUGCUGGAGAACCUGCUGGCCUACCGCACCAUCACCCACGACGAGAGCCCCGAGCACCGCAUGAGCUGCACCGUCAACGUGCUGAACUUCUACAAGGAGAAGCAGAGGGAGGACAUCUACAUCCGGUACUUGUACAAGCUGCGGGACCUGCACCUGGACUCUGAGAACUACACGGAGGCGGCCUACACCCUGCUGCUGCACGCUGAGCUGCUGGAGUGGUCCGACAAGCCCUGCGCUCCCCACCUGAUACCCCGGGACGGGCAGCACAUAUGGACCCAGCAGGAGCUGAAGGAGAGGCUGUUCCAGGAGAUCAUAUGCUACCUGGACAAGGGCAAGAUGUGGGAGAAGGCCAUCGAGCUUGGGAAACAGCUGGCCAAGAUGCACGAGAGCCAGAUGUUUGACUUCAUGGAGCUCAGCCAGCUACUAAAGCAGCAGGCCCAGUUCUUUGAGAACAUCAUGCACGCCAUGCGGCCCCAGCCAGAGUACUUCGCCGUGGGGUACUACGGCCAGGGCUUCCCCUCCUUCCUCCGGAACAAGACCUUCAUCUACCGGGGGAAGGAGUACGAGUGGCUGGAGGACUUCAGCGUGAAGGUUCUCUCCGGGUUCCCCAACGGCGUCCGCAUGACGAGCACGGCGCCCCCCGGGGACGCCAUCCUCAACUCCCCCGGCCAGCAUCUCCAGUGCUUCACGGUGAAGCCCGUUCUCACCGUGCCUCAGCAGUUCAGAGACAAGGGGGUUCCAGAGCAGAUAUUAAACUAUUACAGGACCAAUGAAGUGGACCAGUUCCAGUAUUCGCGGCCGUUCCGGAAAGGAGAAAAGGACCCGGACAACGAGUUUGCGACCAUGUGGAUCGAGAGGACCACCUACAUCACCGCGUAUCCCUUCCCCGGAAUACUCAAAUGGUUUGAGGUUAAGUCGGCCUCGGUGGAGCAGAUCAGCCCCCUGGCCAACGCCGUGGAGACCAUGGAGAUGGCCAACGAGAAGCUGAGCAACCUGGUGCAGCAGCAGGCGUGCGACCGCUCGCAGGCUGUCCACCCGCUGUCCAUGAUGCUCAACGGCAUCGUGGACCCCGCCGUCAUGGGCGGCUUCUCCAACUACGAGAAGGCGUUCUUCACCCCCACGUACAUCCAGGAACACCCAGAGGACCUAGAGCGCAUCGAGGUCUUGAAGCAGCUCAUCGCCCUGCAGAUCCCGCUGUUGGACCAAGGCAUCCGCAUCCACGGCGAGAAGUCGACGGAGACGCUGAAACCGCUCCACAACCGGCUGGUCACGUGCUUCGCCGACCUGCGGGAGAAGGUGGAGAAGCACUACGGCGUCAUCACCCUGCCCUGCUCGCUGACCGAGGGGAAGAAGAGCCGUGUGGGCUCGGUGGUGAUGCCCUACAUCAUGUCCUCCCAGCUGCGGCGAAUGUCCACCAUUUCCAUCGCCUCCAACGCCUCCUCCAACGGCUCGGUCACGCCCCCCCGCCUCUCAUCCCAGGACUCCUUGUCGUCCCGUCCCGCUGACCGGCGGUCGUCUGUCCUGCCCCACUCUGCUUUGGAGGACAACCGGAUUGGUCGCAGGAACAGGAAGGAGUGGAGCGUGAGCAAGUCCCAGGUGCUGCUGGAGCGGCCGUCCGACACAGACGAGGCCCCCCCCGAGAGGCAGCAGCGGCCCAAGAGCCUCCAGCUGGGGGACCGCCGGCUCACGCUCUCCCUGUUCCAGGGGCCCGCCUCCCAGCUGAUCCCGUCCAGCCCCCUGGGCGCCGGGCCCGCCUCCCCCGGCACGCCGCGCAGCUCCAGUUAUUCGUCUCUGCUCGCCGACGGCGUCGACGGUGUCGGCGCCCCCCCGGACCCCUCGGGGGCCCCCCCGCCGAUGCCUCCCAAGAAGCACCCCCACGAGAUCGACAGCCAGCACCUCCACCACUUCGCCUCAGAGUCGCCUCCCCUGCCGGUGAAGAUAGAGAGCAAGCCCCCCCCGCCUCCCCCCAAAGCCAGGAAGUCCUUGUUGCCGUCGUCAUACGAGCACGUCGCCCCGUGAGAUCACACACAAUCACACACAAACACACACAGACACACACAUACAAAGGGACACACACAUACACAUAAAGCAUUACAGACACACACACACACAGACACACAGACAGAC